AUGGGCGGCUUCGCCGUCGUGAAGAAGGCGCGGGACCUCUUCGAGGGCACGCGGAAGAGUAGCAUGCUCGCGCCGUGGCUCGGCUUCCUCAUGCUGUCGACGCUCGUCUACCUCGUCUUCAGCGACGGCGACUUUAGCUUCCUCCUCACCUACGCGUCGCUGACGCGCUGCUUCGGCAUCACGCUCCUCGUCGCGAAGAUGCAGACGAGCCAGUCCGCCGCGGGGCUGUCGGCGAAGACGCUGCACUGCUACGCCGUCGUCUUCGCGUCCCGCCUCGUGUCCAUCAUGCGCCACGAGGGCUACCUGCCCUACGACCGCUCCGGCGACUGGAUCUACCACUGCGUCGAGUUCGCGUCCUUCGGCGCGACGCUCGCCGCGCUCGGCCUCGUCCACGUCGUCCACGGGCGGUCCUACGAGGAGAACAACGACUCCUUCGGCGCGCUGCCGCCGUUGCCCGGGAGCCUGGGGGCGCUCGUCGUCAUCCUGCCGACGCUGCUCUUCGCGGCCUGCUUCCACCCGGGCCUGAACAAGGACUUCAUCAGCGACACGAGCUGGACCUACGCGAUGUAUCUGGAGUCGUUCGCGAUCCUGCCCCAGCUCUUCCUCUUCCAGAAGCAGUCCAAGGCCAACGCGACCGUGGACUACCUCAUCGGCCACUUCGUCGCGGCGCUGGGCUUCUCGCGCCUCGUCGAGAUGGGCUUCUGGAUGAACUCGUUCCACGAGCUCGCGGACCGCAACGGCAACCGCUACGUCGGCGUGUUGGUGCUCGCGACGCAGAUGGUCCACCUCGUCAUCAUGGGCGACUUCUUCUACUUCUACCUCCGCUCCGUCGGCCGCGGCAUGCCCAUCCAGCUCCCGACGGCCGCGGGCAUGGUCUAG